GACUGCGCUGCUGUAUAUAUACAAUCAUGAUCGACUCAUUCAGAUCAGCUACUCCAUACCUAAUCUCCCUCUGACCAAAAUUAUUCUGACAAUAUAUGAGUUCGGUCGGAAAAUGAUGGCCGGCCUGACACUCACUGUAUAAAGCAAUCAAAGCCUGUUCCUUGACAGGGGAAAUUAAUUAAAGAUCAUCUCAACCCAAAGCUUGGAAAAUGGAGGACGAUGGGAAGUAUGAGGCUUUAUUCGAAACGAAGACGGGAAAGGGAAGGGUGGUUUACCGGCUGUUGGCGUCCACCAUUCUUGCCGGGAUAGUUUGCGUCCUCAUUUACAGAGUCCUUCACAUGCCUGCGGAGGCAAGUGGCGGAAUGGGGUGGUGGGUGGGAAUGCUGGCGGCUGAGAUGUGGUUUGGGUUUUAUUGGCUCCUCACUCAAUUUCUCCGUUGGAACCUGCUUUUCCGUCGUCCUUUUCCCCACAGGCUCUUGAAAAGAUAUGGGAAUAACUUGCCAAAUGUGGAUGUGUUCGUAUGUACGGCUGACCCAAAAACAGAGCCGCCGAUCAUGGUGGUCAACACCGUCUUAUCGGUGAUGGCGUACGACUACCCGCCGGAGAAGCUCAGUGUUUACCUGUCUGAUGAUGCUGGGUCUGAACUUACCUUCUAUGCUCUAUUGGAGGCUUCCAUCUUCUCUAAGCAUUGGCUUCCCUUUUGCAAAAAGAACAACAUUGACCCCAGGUGCCCUGCAGCUUACUUUCCUCUUCAUCAAGAUGGUGUUGAGCCCACAGGUUUCUCCAUGCUCAAGAAGCGCUAUCAAGAGAUGGAAAACAGAAUCAUGAUUGCUUGCAAACUUGGAAGAGUCCCCACAGACGAUCUUUUUGAGGAGAAAGGAUAUUUUAAGUGGGAUCCAUCUUCAUCUCCUGGAAAUCAUGCUGCUAUGGUGAAGAUACUAAUUGAUGGGAGGGAGGAAGAAUCAAAGGAUAAUGAAGGGUAUGUUUUGCCAACUCUAGUUUACAUGGCCAGGGAGAAAAGGCCACAAUAUUUUCAUAAUUUCAAAGCUGGUGCCAUGAAUGGAUUGAUUAGGGUUUCAUCUGAGAUUAGCAAUGCACCUAUCAUCCUGAAUGUCGACUGCGAUAUGUACUCAAACAACUCAGGUUCAAUUCAAGAUGCCCUUUGCUUUUUUAUGGAUGAAAAGAAAAGCCACAAUAUUGCUUUUGCACAAUUCCCACAAAACUUCCAAAACAUUACAAAGAAUGACUUAUAUGGAGGAUCCUUGCUUGUAACUGAUAAAGUUGAAUUUCAUGGCCUGGAUGGUUGUGGCGGCCCUUUGUACAUAGGAACGGGCUGUUUCCACAGGAGGGAAGCAUUAUGUGGAAGGGAGUUUAGCAAGGAAAAUAAGAUUGAAUUGAAGAGUCACUCCCCUAUUAGGACACACACAAAUGCAUGUGAAUUGGAAGAUAGGCUACAAGAACUAGUUAGCUGCACCUAUGAACAAGACACUCAAUGGGGCUAUGAGAUUGGUUUGAAGUAUGGAUGUCCAGUUGAAGAUAUACUAACUGGACUUUCAAUUGUGUCUCAUGGGUGGAAAUCAGCUUACUAUAGUCCUACAAAAAAGGCGUUUUUAGGUGUGACAGUAACCACUCUUGAACAGGCUCUGGUUCAACACAAGAGAUGGUCAGAAGGAGAUUUACAGAUUCUCUUUUCAAAGUAUAGCCCAGUUUGGUAUGGACUUGGGAAGCUCAACACUGGUCUUAUAUUUGGUUCUCUCACUUAUUGCCUCUGGUCUCCUAAUUGCCUGGCACUUCUUUAUUACUCUAUUGUUCCUUCUCUUCAUCUACUCAAAGGCUCUCCCUUGUUUCCUCAGGUAUCUAGCAAGUGGAUUUUAGCAUUUGCUUAUUUGAUAGUUGUGGAGCAUGCGUAUAGCUGUUCCGAGUUCCUUUGGGCCGGAGGAACACUAUUGGGUUGGUGGAAUGACCAAAGAAUGUGGCUCUACAAGAGGUCAAGCUCUUACCUCUUUGCACUUCUUGAUACAGUGUUGAAGCUGGUGGGUUAUUCAUCAAACCAUACAUUUGUAAUCUCAUCAAAGGUCUGUGAUGAGGAUGUUUCUUUGAGAUAUGAGCAAGAGAUCAUGGAAUUCGGAAGCACUUCUCCGAUGUUCACUGUUCUGUCAACACUGGCAAUGAUCAAUCUUUUCUGCUUCGUUUGGGUUCUAAAGAAAAUGGCAACAGAAGAAUUUAUAGUUCAGAGCCUGGGAUUGCAAAUUGUGCUGUGUGGGGUCCUAGUUUUGAUCAACCUACCUUUGUACAAUGGCAUGUUCUUCAGGACAGACCAUGGAAAGAUGCCAAUCAUUACUACCCUUAAAUCAACUAUUGUGGCUCUCUCAGUGUGCACUUGUUUUGCAAUUUCAUAAUCUAUAAAAAUCUAUUUUCUUU